AUGCUGGAGACCUUCAGGAACCUCACUACUAUAGGGUACAUUUUGGAGGACUGUAACACUGAAGAACAUAGUCAAUGUUCUAGAAGACCUGCAAGGAAUGAAAAAACACAUACCAGAGAAAAAUGCUGUGAAAUUAACCAAUGUGGUAAAGCCUUUGAUUAUCACAGUCAUCAUCAAAUUCAUAAAAGAACACAUAAUGAAGAAAAAUCAUAUGAAUUUAAUCUGCUUGGUAAGGCCUUUGCUGAUCACAGUCAUCUUCAAAAGCAUAAAAGAACACAUACUGGAGAGAAACCCUAUGAAUGUAAUCAGUGUGGUAAGGCCUUUGCACGUCACAGUCACCUUCAAUACCAUAAAAGAACACAUACUGGAGAGAAACCCUAUGAAUGUAAUCAGUGUGGUAAGGCCUUUGCUCAACGUGGUACUCUUCAAAAGCAUAAAAGAACACAUACUGGAGAGAAACCCUUUGAAUGUAAUCAGUGUGGUAAGGUCUUUGCUCACAACUGUUCUCUUCAAAAUCAUAAAAGAACACACACUGGAGAGAAACCCUAUGAAUGUAAUCAGUGUGGUAAGGCCUUUUCACGUCAUAGUUACCUUCAAUACCAUAAAAGAGCACAUACUGGAAAGAAACCCUAUGAAUGUAAUCAGUGUGGUAAGGCCUUUGCUCAACGUGGUACUCUUCAAAUGCAUAAAAGAACACAUACUGGAGAGAAACCCUAUCAAUGUAAUCAGUGUGGUAAGGCCUUUGCUGACAACAGUAGUCUACGACAGCAUAAAAGAACACACACUGGAGAGAAACCCUAUGAAUGUAAUCAGUGUGGUAAGGCCUUUGCUCAACGUGGUACACUUCAAAGGCAUAAAAGAACACAUACUGGAGAGAAACACUAUGAAUGUAAUCAGUGUGGUAAGGCCUUUGCUCAACGUGGUACACUUCAAAUGCAUAAAAGAACACAUACUGGAGAGAAACCCUAUGAAUGUAAUCAGUGUGGUAAGGCCUUUGUUGAAAAUAGUACUCUUCAAACGCAUAAAAGAACACACACUGGAGAGAAACCCUAUGAAUGUAAUCAGUGUGGCAAGGCCUUUGCACGUCAUAGUCAGCUUCAAUACCAUAAAAGAGCACAUACUGGAGAGAAACCCUAUGAAUGUCAUCACUGUGGUAAGGCCUUUGCUCAAUGUGGUACUCUUCAAAUGCAUAAAAGAAUACAUACUGGAGAGAAACCCUAUGAAUGUAAUCAGUGUGGUAAGGCCUUUGCACGUCACAGUCAUCUUCAAAGGCAUAAAAGAACACAUACUGGUGAGAGACCUUAUGAAUGUAAUCAAUGA